AUGCACUUCAGUGUGUUGGGGCGAGAUCCAAUGGUCCCAAACUCUCUGAAGCUUUCCAGCGAUGCCCAUGCAGAACCACGCACGGUCAAGGCGUCGGAUAUCUGUGAUGAGUCACCUUUCGCCGAACAUGAUGGUGGCGGCUCCUCGCAUCCUUGCAGGAACUGUGCCCACCCUCUCCCCUCCGGUGCGGAGCAUAAAGGAAGUGAAACGGACACCACGAUGUAUAUGUCAAUUGUUCAUCGCCUGCAAGAGAAGGUGCAUAACUUACAAGAGGCAUUGCUGGUCUCUAAUCAAUGCUCCUCUUUGCUAGACUCUCUUGUUCGGCCUGGAGAAACAUCCAUGACGGAAGUGUCAUUGCAGCAGGCACAAAAUUCUGGGGAGGGACAAGUCACGCGAAGGAUGCGCAACGAGUGGUCGAGGGCUGUGGAAGUAAACAAUGACAUCAUGUCAGUGCAACGUGUAUCAUCAAAGGUAGGCGUGGAAAGCGUUAACAAUUGGAUGAAUGGAACUUCCCUCAGCUCUUGGGAUCGCCGUGGUAUAAUCCACGACGAAAUCACCGCCCCCAGUCCCAAGGAGGAGGAAAUAGAAAAGGAAAUUGUGAUUCCCUCUUUUCACCCAAAGAAGGAGAAUGCUGGCGAUGCCAACAGCGCGUCGGCAAGUGCCCGCGUUGUUGUGGAUCCAGUCAUACUCGUGGAUAUCACCACUGUGAUGAACAAAAACAUGCCGCUUCACCCUGUCACGAAGUCCGAAAAUGCCGUUUCACGGUUUACUGUGGACGCGGAAGUGGAGCGUUUGACUGCUGAAAAUGUGAGGUUACGUGAGGAGUCCGCAGAGGUGCGGCGCGAGCUACAAAUCAGGGACGAUGAACUGCGACGCCGAGAGGCGGAACUGGCGAAGUUGAGCCAAGUUGUGAAGCAACUUCAGGAGUGCAACAGCACGUUGAAGGAGGAAGCUGCUGUUGUGCAUCGUCGCUGCGAUGAUGCGAUGGGGAUGGCGCGUGCCUCCGAACUGAAGGUAAAAGAGCUGACCGCGACGAUUGACUCACUUGAGACCGGGGACGAAAAACACUGCGACAGCUGCGCGGCCGCCAGGCAUGAGGCGGAGGAUGCAUGGAGGGAAGUACGGCGGUUGGACUCCGAGCUCCGCGCGUGGGGACCGAAGGAGCGUGAGCUGCAACGUCUCCGUGUAUUAAUGCGUUUUUCGGAGCUGAAGAAGGACAGUGACAGGCUCAAUGUCAUUGUGGGGGAAAUGGAAUCCGCCGAGUCUGAGCGAGACCGUCUCCGAGAAGAGAACCGACGUUGCCGUAAACUUCUUGCGGAGUAUCGGGACCGACUGGAAGCGGCCGUGACGAGCACCGUCAUGCCUGAGCCUCUUCCGGUGCCUGCAGCAGAAUGCCCUUCAGCAUGCGAAGAAAGUGAGGCGUGGCCUCAUUCUCAGCGGCCCCAUUCAGCGGGGAACCGGCCACAGGCGGCGGAUCGGAUACGCCGACCGCAAAAACCGGCGGUUGCGUCGAACACGGCUGGAAAAACACGGAAUGAGCCUCUAACACAUGGGCGGCAGAGACAAUUGUCUUUUGGUAGAAAGAAGAUGAGCUUUUUUUCAUGUGAUCUCAGCAGCAGUAGCAGGGGGUUGUGUUGUCUUUUUGGUAGCAGAGGCGGUGUCCUCAGUUAUCAUCGAGCGAUGAAAGGGUCCGUGAACUCCCGGCGCUUCCAAAAGACGCCCCUACAAUGA